AUGAGUCGUUUUUCCACUCAAACUGCAUAUAGUGUGAACCAUCGGGUCGUAAUCAAUGUCUUAAUUUUUACUGAGUUACUUAUAUCGGAGUGAACUUCCCGUAUCGUUUAGGUAUUUUUUGUAAUACGCAUCAGUGACUCAUACGUGAGUAGUAAGAAUCAUAACAAACAAAACGAUCUUAAUAACAGCGUCAUACCUGUAAACACAGCUUUCUUUUGUUCAUCAUGGCAGAGCGUGAGCCUAUAAGUGGCUCGAGCCGAGACUAUGGUGCGAUAGCCGCGCCUCCCACGGUCGGCUUUGCGGACUUCAGCCCCACAGAGCUGUACAAUCUCAGCGAAGGCAUUGCUGACAAUGUCAACAGCAUCAACACUGGCCUGCGCUCUCUGGAGAAGAUGAUGAAACAAAUUGGAGGGCCUAAUGAUAAUCUACAACUUAGGGAUAAAAUUCAUGACACUCAACAGACAGUGAACGGGUCAGUGUCGGCAACGGCGCGCGACAUCCAGCGGCUCGGCGUGGUGGCGCGACGCGGGGACAAGCCGCAGAAGCUACAGGUGGAGAGGCUCACACAGGCGUUCAAGGAUGCGCUUGCCAAGUACUCUUCAGUACAAAAGCAAGUAUCAGAGAAGAUGGCGGCCCACAUGCCGAAGCAAGCUCGCAACCGCAACGACCCGUCUUUGCUGGAGCGACAAGCCAUCGCCGACGACGAAGAGUCUGCGUUGCUGGAUAACCAGCAAGCACAGGCGCGUCUCGUUCAGUUCGAGACGAACAUGCUGUUAGAGAGAGAGCAGUAUAUACACAAGAUAGAAGCCGAUGUGCUAGACGUAAAUCAGAUCAUGCAAGACCUAGCUAGUCUAGUCCACCAGCAGGGCCAAACUGUAGACACGCUCGAAGGUCACAUAGAGGAGGCCAGCGCCAACGUGGAAGCCGGCGUCGACGAGCUGGCCAAAGCCGAGCAGCACCAGCGCAGCUACAGGAAAAAGAUGCUCAUCAUCAUCAUCAUCGGCAGCAUCGUGGCCAUCAUAUUCAUCGUUUGGAUCAUCAAGGCCUUUAGAUAAACAGCGUAUUGUCUAUGAUUUUAGUCACUGAAGGCUUG